AUGACAAGAGGUGAAAAAAGACCAAGAGAGUUGGAUAUUGCAGGUAUUGAAGGUGAGGGUAACAGUGUAAUCACUCAGGACCUCAACAAUAGAUUGUUCUUUUCGAGUGAAGAGAAAGAAGGCGCAGAAGAGAUGUACAAGAAUUCGAUUAUCCCGAUGUUCACAACACCGACAACCAAACUCGGUGGCUAUCAAUUUUUCAGAGAUGUACUCAAGUCACCGAAACACGUUGUGGCACCGAUGAUCGACCAUACCUUCCUCGCAUUCCGUAUGCUCUGUCGAAAGUACGGAGCGGACCUCGUCUACACUCCGAUGUUUCACAGCAAGAACUACGCAACCAACGCAACCUACAGACUCGAAAAUUUUGAAAUAGCCAAAGAAGAUCGACCUCUUGUUGUACAGUUUUGUGGAAAUGAGGUGGAUUAUAUUGUACAAGCAGCAAAGAUGGUGGAAAGUCAGUGUGAUGCUGUCGAUUUGAAUUUGGGUUGUCCACAGGGAAUUGCGCGUCGUGGAAACUAUGGUGCUUUUCUGCUUGAGAAACCAGAUGUUAUCUUGCCAAUGGUGAGGGCAUUGCACAAGGAGCUUUCAGUGCCAAUCUUUUGUAAGAUUCGUUUGCUCCCGAAUUUGGACGAUACCAUCAAGUUGGCGUUGCAACUCCAGGAAGCUGGAUGUCAACUUCUCACCGUCCACGGACGAACCAAAGAGCAAAAGGGACACACACAGCCACACGCCAAUUGGAAGGCGAUCCGUGCAAUCAAAGAGGCACUGGUCAUUCCCGUCAUAGCGAAUGGCAGUGUUGGCGAGUGGGGGGACAUCGAGGAGUGUCUCAAGGAGACCGGUGCCGACGGUGUCAUGUCGGCCGACGGCAUUCUCAACAAUCCGGCGAUGUUCAACGGAGCGGAACGCAUCGGAUCGACAACACUCUGCAGAGAGUAUCUCGAGAUGGUCAAGAAGUAUCCGACACCCUAUCAGAUUGUACGUUCACACUUUUACAAGAUGCUCAAGAAGGAGUGCGAACACUACGAGGAUCUACGUGAUAAACUGGCGCAUCUCUAUGAGAUGCCUCAAUUCUACGAUAUCCUCGAGGAAAUCGAUAGAAGAUACCGCGAAAAUGUACCAAAGAUCAGAACUAUCACAAACAAAGAGAAACGUGAACAAAAGAAAUUAGAACUUGAAUCGACAUCAACAGAGACAACAGAAACUACAACAACAACAACAGAUAAUCAAACAACUACUACAAAUUUAACAACAACAGAACAACAAAAAGAUGAACUAUUGACGACUGACAAAUAA